GAAAGCGCCGUGUGGUACAAGCUCGGCAAGGCGCAACUGGACAGCAACCAGGUGCCAGAGGCGAUCGAGUCCUACUUGAAGGCCGAGGACGCCACCGACUACGCGGAGGUCAUCCAGGCCGCCACGCGGGAGGAGAACUUCGAGGAGCUGGUGCGCUACCUGGUCAUGGCCCGCGCCAAGCACAAGGACGUGCUCAUCGAUACAGAGCUGGUCUACGCUUACGCCAAGACCGAUCGCCUCGCCGACAUGGAGGAGUUUAUCAGCGGCACCAACACAGCCAAUUCGCUUCAAAUCGGCGACAGGCUGUACGAGGAGCAGGCUUACAAGGCGCGGGCCUGA